GCUGGGGGUGGGGAGAGCUAGAGGCAGAGGCUACAGCAGGCAGCGGGCAUGUGCAUUCCUUGGGAGAAGUGAGCAAGGCGCCAUCUGAACCACUGCCUUCCAGUAACGAUGGGUGUCGCUAGACCCAGCUGGGACUCGGCCAGGCUCCAGCGCUCAGCCUAAGCGGAGGGCCCUCUUCCAGCCCUGCUCCGUCUGCCUGUCAUGGCCACAUUUGGCUGCUGCCUGCUUGUCUGGGGACAUAGGGCACCCAGCCCCAGCCCUGAGAGGUUAAACCUGACCCUCUGGCUCCAGUCCACAGGGGUGCCCCGGGCACCAGGCCCCUUCCAGAGCAAGAGCAACUGAUGCCAUGGGAGAAGUGCCCGCCCACCCGUCCACUUGCCUGGCGCCGCCUGCUCGGAGACCCAUGCCCUGGGUCCCCCCGGAGGUGUCAACCCUGUGAACUCCGUCCCAGUCCCCUGCCGCUGAGAAGGCCCUGCCCACCCCCACCAUGUGUGAGGUGAUGCCCACAAUCAAUGAGGGGGACCCACUGGGGCCCCCCCACAGCGCCGAUGCUGACGCCAACUUUGAGCAGCUGAUGGUCAACAUGCUGGACGAGCGGGAGAAGUUGCUGGAGUCCCUUCGGGAGAGUCAGGAGACCUUGGCGGCCACGCAGAGCCGGCUCCAGGACGCCCUACAUGAGCGGGACCAGCUCCAGCGCCACCUUAACUCCGCCCUCCCCCAGGAAUUUGCCACCUUAUCUCGGGAGCUGAGCAUGUGUCGGGAGCAGCUUCUAGAAAGGGAGGAAGAGAUAUCAGAGCUGAAAGCAGAGCGGAAUAACACGAGGUUGCUCCUAGAACAUCUGGAGUGCCUGGUGUCCCGCCACGAGCGGUCGCUGCGGAUGACUGUUGUGAAGCGCCAGGCCCAGUCGCCUUCAGGGGUGUCCAGUGAGGUGGAGGUGCUGAAGGCCCUCAAGUCGCUGUUCGAGCACCACAAGGCCCUGGACGAGAAGGUGCGGGAGCGGCUCCGAGCAGCCCUGGAGCGAGUGACCACCUUGGAAGAGCAGCUGGCAGGGGCCCACCAGCAGGUGUCUGCCCUGCAGCAAGGGGCUGGGGUUCGCGAUGGAGUGGUGGAAGAGGAGGGGACCGUGGAGAGGGGACCGAAGCACCUGUGGAAGGAUGACACGGGCCAGGUAGAGGAGCUGCAGGAGCUCCUGGAGAAGCAGAACUUUGAGUUGAACCAGGCUCGGGAGCGAUUGGUCACCCUGACGGCAACAGUGGCCGAGCUUGAGGAGGAUCUGGGCACUGCCCGCCGGGACCUCAUCAAGUCUGAGGAGCUGAGCAGCAAGCAUCAGCGGGACCUCCGGGAGGCUCUGGCCCAGAAGGAAGACAUGGAGGAGAGAAUCACAACACUAGAGAAGCGCUACCUGGCUGCGCAGCGCGAGGCCACGUCCAUCCAUGACCUCAAUGACAAGCUGGAGAAUGAGCUGGCCAAUAAGGAGUCCCUGCACCGCCAGUGUGAGGAGAAGGCCCGGCACCUGCAGGAGCUGCUAGAGGCUGCAGAGCAGAGGCUGCAGCAGACCAUGCGCAAGGCUGAGACGCUGCCCGAGGUGGAGGCUGAACUGGCCCAGAGGAUCGCAGCUCUCACCAAGGCUGAAGAAAGGCACGGCAGCAUUGAGGAGCACCUGCGGCAGCUGGAGGGGCAGCUGGAGGAGAAGAACCAGGAGCUGGCGAGGGUGCGCCAGCGGGAGAAGAUGAACGAGGACCACAACAAGCGGUUGUCAGACACCGUGGACCGGCUGCUCAGCGAGUCCAACGAGCGCCUGCAGCUGCACCUCAAGGAGCGAAUGGCCGCCCUGGAGGAGAAGAACACGCUGAUCCAGGAGCUGGAGAGCUCCCAGCGGCAGAUCGAGGAGCAGCACCAUCACAAGGGCCGCCUGUCUGAAGAGAUUGAGAAGCUGCGCCAAGAGGUGGACCAGCUGAAGGGUCGAGGGGGGCCGUUUGUGGAUGGCGUCCACUCCAGGUCGCACACGGGCAGCGCAGGGGAUGUGCGGUUUACCCUGAGCACAGCCACGCACGUGCCCUCAGGCCUGCACCGCCGCUACUCAGCCCUGCGGGACGAGUCUGCCAAGGACUGGGAGCCCUCUCCACUGCCUGGGGGGCUGGCCCCCUCCGCCGCCCCUGCCUUUGACAGUGACCCCGAGAUCUCUGAUGUGGAUGAGGAUGAGCCAGGGGGUCUGGUGGGCUCCGUGGAUGUUGUCUCCCCCAGCGGCCACUCGGACGCCCAGACUCUGGCCAUGAUGUUGCAGGAGCAACUUGAUGCCAUCAAUGAGGAGAUCAGGAUGAUCCAGGAAGAGAAGGAGUCCGCAGAGCUGCGUGCUGAGGAAAUCGAGACUCGGGUGACCAGCGGCAGCAUGGAGGCCCUCAACCUGACUCAGCUGCGUAAGCGCGGCUCCAUCCCCACCUCUCUGACCGCCCUGUCGCUGGCCAGCGCGUCCCCUCCGCUCAGCGGCCGCUCCACGCCGAAGCUUACCUCCCGAAGUGCUGCCCAGGACCUGGACCGCAUGGGGGUCAUGACCCUGCCCAGUGACUUAAGAAAGCAUAGGAGGAAGCUGCUGUCGCCAGUGUCUCGGGAAGAGAACCGAGAGGAUAAAGCCACCAUAAAAUGUGAGACUUCUCCUCCUUCCUCACCCAGGACGCUGCGGCUAGAGAAGCUUGGCCAUCCCGCCCUGAGCCAGGAAGAAGGCAAAAGUGCUUUGGAGGAUCAGGGCAGUAACCCGAGCAGCAGCAACAGCAGCCAGGACUCCCUGCACAAGGGCGCCAAGCGCAAGGGCAUCAAGUCGUCCAUCGGCCGCCUGUUCGGGAAGAAGGAGAAGGGCCGGCUGAUCCAGCUGAGCCGGGAUGGAGCCACGGGCCAGGUUCUGCUAACAGACUCCGAGCUUGGUCUGCAGGAGCCCAUGGUGCCUGCCAAGCUGGGGACCCAGGCAGAGAAGGACCGGCGGCUGAAGAAGAAACACCAGCUGCUUGAAGAUGCCCGCAGAAAAGGAAUGCCCUUUGCCCAGUGGGAUGGCCCUACUGUGGUCUCCUGGCUGGAGCUCUGGGUGGGGAUGCCUGCCUGGUACGUGGCCGCCUGCCGCGCCAACGUCAAGAGCGGAGCCAUCAUGUCGGCCCUGUCGGACACAGAGAUCCAGCGCGAGAUCGGUAUCAGCAAUGCCCUGCACCGGCUCAAGCUCCGGCUGGCCAUCCAGGAGAUGGUGUCACUGACCAGCCCCUCUGCCCCGCCCACCUCCAGGACCUCUUCCGGGAAUGUCUGGGUCACCCAUGAAGAGAUGGAAACUCUGGCAACACCCACUAAAACAGACAGUGAGGAGGGCAGCUGGGCUCAGACCCUGGCCUAUGGGGACAUGAACCACGAGUGGAUCGGGAACGACUGGCUGCCCAGCCUGGGGCUGCCCCAGUACCGCAGCUACUUCAUGGAGUGCCUGGUAGACGCACGCAUGCUGGACCACCUGACCAAGAAGGACCUGCGGGUCCACCUGAAGAUGGUGGACAGCUUCCACCGAAGCAGUCUUCAGUACGGUAUCAUGUGUCUGAAGAGGCUGAAUUAUGACCGGAAGGAGCUGGAGAAAAGGCGGGAGGAAAGCCAGCACGAGAUCAAGGAUGUGCUCGUCUGGACCAAUGACCAGGUGGUUCACUGGGUCCAGUCCAUCGGGCUGCGGGAUUACGCAGGAAACCUGCAGGAGAGCGGCGUGCACGGGGCCCUGCUGGCCCUGGACGAGAACUUUGACCACAACACGCUGGCCCUGGUCCUCCAGAUCCCCACGCAGAACACCCAGGCACGCCAGGUGAUGGAAAGAGAGUUCAACAACCUGUUGGCGUUGGGCACAGACCGGAAGCUGGAUGAUGGCGAGGACAAGGUGUUCCGGCGCGCGCCGUCCUGGAGGAAGCGCUUCCGGCCGCGGGAGCCACACGGCGGCCUGCUCGGCGCCUCGGCGGAGACGCUCCCGGCCGCCUUCCGCGUGGCCAGCCUGGGGCCGCUGCAGCCCCCGCCCGCGCCGCCGAAGAAGGUCACGCCGGAGGCGGGGACGGCGGGCGCGCCGAGACUGGAGCCCUCCACGCUCGCUCCCACUAUCUCUACGGACACAUGCUCUCCGCCUUCCGGGACUAGCCACGGCCCCCAGGGGCAGCGUCCUCCGGCUGAGUGGGCUCAGCCGGCCCUGGCCCCUCCUGCUCGUUCCCCAUCUUCUUACAACUCCUGGUUUCGUCGUGACUUUCCAGUUGCCCUGGGCUUCAGAAUAUACUCCUCCAUCCCCUCGGCAUCCCACUACCCUGAGUCCCACCGUGUGCCCUUUGUAAGUCUCUUGUGGCUGUGGCUGGGUGUCCGGGUUGUCCAUGCUUGGGAUUCUGCAGAAGGGACUGGACGACAGCAGCCCAGGGCCGGGUGUGACUUCACCCUCCUUCUUCUGGACCUAGCCUGGUCUGGACUGUGACCUCCACCAGAGACCAUGAUGAGGUGCCAGGGACUAGGGAUGGCCCUUCCAAGAAAAUGGCACUUCAGACUCUGCCUUGCUCGGGCCGUGGGACCUUCCCGUCCACGUGCACAUCCCAGCUGUCUGACAUCUGGUUUCAGCACUCCCAGCAUCACACCUUUCCCAGCUCAUCUUCACCAGGGCACCUCCUGUCUCCAGGACCUCCUUGGGGGCGGGGAGGGGCUGCAGAAGGCCCCAUUCUCUCUCAGGAUGGUGAGGCUGGGGAGGAGAAAGGCUAAGGUGGUGAUUCCAGGCCUUCGCUUAAGAUGAAACCCAGAUGUGAUUUGGGGAUGGAUCUGAGAGAAAUGGGCUCCUGAACUUUGAGCCAAGGUUAAGGACGGGGAAACUCUCAGCCCUCCACCCAGUGAGAGGUGCAGGUCGGCCAGCUGGAGGGAGAGCGAUUGCCAGUGUCAGCCUUAAGCCUCAAAGGCAGGG